UAUGAUAACAUAGGCUCAUCGUCUUCAAAAGGACAGUACUUUAAAUUUUAGAACAAAGUUGCAAAGAUCUUUGAAAUUAUCUGAAAAAUAUCAUAGCAAUAUUCAUCUGAAAAGAGAAGAUCAAUAGCAAAUUAGAGUAUUUAAGAUGAGAGGUGCCUUCAAUUCUUUUAUGAGUUUAAGCCAAGAACAGAAAACAAAAGGUUUAGUCACUGUUAGUGAUGGCAAUUUUGCAGAAGCUUUUGCUUUCUUUUGCAAUCAUUUCAAAAUAAAAGGUACAUCAAUUAUAUAUAUGAUUAGGAACUGUUUUUUUACCUGAAGUGUGCUUCUAAUGGAAAAUAGAAAUCAUUUAGAAGUAUGGGAAGGAUUAUGUUGAAAUAAGAAGUGUUGGAGAAUCAUUUGAUGAAGCUGAAGCUGCAGCUUAAGAAUAUAUAAAAUAACACGAUAGAAUAAUGAUACAUCCAUGUGAUAAUGUUAAAGCAAUCAUAGGAAAUGCAACAAUUGUAUUAUAUAUAUCAUUUAUUUUAAAGGGCAUAGAAAUAAUAGAAGAUUUUCCAGGAGAGGUUGAUUACGUUUUUGUGCCAGUUGGAGCAGGAGCAUUGGCAGCCGGAAUAGCAACUUACUUUAAAGCACUGUCUCCAAAUACUAAGAUUAUUGGGGUUUAACCAGAUGGAGCAGCAUCUAUGAAAGCAUCAUUUGAUGCAAACUAAAUUGUGACAAUAGAAAGUAUGUCUAGAUUCUGUGAUGGAUCUGCUGUAAAAACAGUUCCUAAAAUCACAUUUGAUAUUUGUUAACAUAAUCUAGAUGGUUUAGCAGUAGUACCUGAAGGAAAAGUAAGUUCAACCAUUCUUGAAUUAUAUAACUAAGGAAUAGCAGUAGAACCAGCAGGAGUAAUAUUAUUGUAUAUAUUUUUAAGGCUUUGGCAGUUUCUGUUUUGGAUUAAUAUGCAUCAGAAAUAAAGGAUAAAAAUGUUGUCUGUUUAAUAUCAGGAGGAACAGUGGAUCUUUCAAGAUUUGAUGAAUUUAAAGAGCAUUCUUAAUUAUUUGAAGGAUUGAAAUACUUCUUUUUGAUUUAAAUUCCAUUCAGACCUGGUAUUCUAAAGAGCUUUGUUAGUUUGUAAUUAUAAAUACUAAUAUUAGAUGUUUAGGACCAGAUGAUGAAAUUAGUCAUAUUCAAUUUUAGAAAAAAGCUAAUAGAGAAAGGGGACCAUGUUUGGUGGCAAUAGAAGUAGCUAAAAAGGAGAACAUAAAAAAGGUUAUGGAGAACAUGACUAAAAUGCAUUUAUAGUAUGAAGUUGUAAAUGAUUCAAAAGAGUUGUUUGAUUUAUUGGUUUGAUAAAUUAUAAUAUUAACGUAUAUAAAAUAUGUCUGUUAUAUUCGAUUAGUUGGAUGUAUACUUAUUAAUAAAUACUUUAGAAUAUCUAAUCACUAAGAUUUAAAUUUACUUAAGUAAUUAAGUUAGGAGUCUCUCUAUAUUACAUAGAAAAUUGUAACUUAAAAAGACUUGUAGUAACAGAUAAUCAAAUUGCAUUAUAUAAUGAAUCUGAGACUAUAAAUGUUUUAUAAAAUGUGUCAUACAUAUGUUCUGAUGGUAAAACUUUGUUUUGUUUACAGAGUAUAAAAUUAUCUCAAUUUUUAAGCAAAUGGUGACCUAUAUUAAAUUGACUAAUAACCUAAAUUGUUAAUAUCUUCAAAGAACUAUAUGAGUAUCACCCCUACAACUGCUAUUGAUCAUUCUGGAAGAGGAUUUUUUUGGAAAGAUAAUAAACCUAUUUAUUCUCAUUGUAAACAUAUUAGUACAUAUCAAGACAAAAUGACAUUGAUUACAAGUAUAAUUUUAUUUGAUUAAUUAAGUUGGAGGGAAGAUUUUUAAUAUAGAGAAUAAUACUCAAAUUCCUAUUUAAUAAUUAAAUGGUUUAGAGAUUAAUGGAUAUUUUAAGAAGUCAUUAUUAUUCUAAUUUGGAGGUAUUGCUAUUACAGAAAAUGGUGAUGCUUAUUGUUAUGAUCAAACAAGAUUUAAAACAUAAAACAAUAGCUUGUAUACAUUGGACGAGGAAAGUUCAGUUGAAUAAAGUAUUUGUUAAGAAGAAUAAGAGAAAGGAAGAUUUUAAAGAUAAACACUUUAAAUUAAUGAUUUAUUUGAUAAUAACCCUGAUUUUAAGCAAGUAUCAAAAAAUUAGGAAAAUUAAAAAUUAUAGUUUUCAUCCAAAGAUAUUCAUUCUCCUAAAUAAUCUUUGGAAAAUAAAAUAUAAUUCCCACAAAUUUGUUUAUCAGAAUUACAAUUACCUCCAAUUCAAUCUUCUUUGAAUAAUUUUUUAAGUAAAUUAUAGUUAAAACCAGAAAAAACAAUAGAUUAAAUUCUCAAAUCAUAGACAUAAAAAGAAGAAGAAAAUGAAAAUAUUCCAUAAUCAAAUCCAAGUGAAUUAAUAUCUCAUGAUUAGAUUAUAUAAACAAAAAAGAUUAUGUCAUUCUUAAAGCCUGAAUAAAUGUAAAAUUAACUAUAAAAGAAUGCUAUAGAGAUAAUGGAUUAAUAAUCUAUUAUUGAUUAUUAAAAUAAUAGUGAUUUUAUAGAUUAAUAGCAUGAUAGUUUUAUGCAGAUUUUAUAAACAGAUAAAAAACAAUCAGAAAAUAGUAAGAUUUAAAAUAUUAUGUCAAUUUUUGAUUAAAUUCAUAUAUAACCAAAAAAAAGAAGUCCUUCAAAGAUGAAUAUGUUCAAGAAAUAAGAUUAAGAAAACAAAAUGAUAUCAGAUUCAGAUGGAUAAUUAGAUUAUAACUUAUUAGAAAUAAAAAACAUUUUAAAAGAAAAUCAUCCACAAAUAUUAGACAAAAAAUAAUCACCUCCAAAGACAAAUAGUAAAUUACAUAAAAACUUAGUUACUUUUUCUCAAGAUAUUUCAUAAGAAGAAAUUGAAGAUCGAGUUAUGUAAGUUGUUAAUAUAGAUUAAAAUCUAUAAACUGUAUCUCAUAAGCAUUCUCCUAUAAAAUCCAAAUCUCCUAUUAAAGAUAACAAUAUUUCAUCAAGCAAAAAGCAUUCACUCUAAUUAAGUGAAUAGAAAGUCUUGACUAAGAUUAAUUAAAGUGCUGAUGUAAGACAGCCUAGUUUUGAUGUGAAAUUAUACCGAAUAUCCCUGAAUAAAAAUAAUCAUCAUCUCAUUUAAGAGUUCAACCUUUAAAUUGUAAUGCAGUUAGGCCAGAAAGAAUAUAUACUCCUCUAAAAAGCAGAAGAAAUAGCACUGCAAGGGGUACAAGUAUUGAAACUAAUAGAUUCAAAUAGUUGUAGAUUGAAACUUAAGUUGUAGUACCAGAAAUAUAAUAAAAUUAAACACCAUUAAUCAAUAAAUUUGAACCUUUAGAUUUAAGUAAUGCCAUGUAUCAUAUUGAUUAAACACUUUUUGAAAAUACAACAAAGCGUACUACUGUUGCUUAGGUUCUUGAUGUGAUUAAUGUAAACUAGAAAUCUAAUUAAAAAAUACUUAAAGAACCACAAUUAAUAAAAGUUUCUUCGUCCUCUUAAAUACCACCUUCUCUACGAACCAAUAGUGUAGGGCCAAUCAGUAAAAAAACUGAAGUAUCUCCUUUGAAAGUUUAAAGAUAAAUAAAAAAUUAACCACAUUCAAAGAGUGUCAAUGAUGAUACAAUAAGAUUGAAAAGAAGAUAAUAAGAUAUUAUUUUAAGGAAAUUGUUCUUUAAAUUAGAUAUUCGUCUUAAACUUAAUAAAUUAGAGUUUAUGUUUAAUUUGAAAUAGAAAAAUGGAAAAUGA